CUCAGCUCCCUCGGCUCGGGCUCCACCUCACUCCAGCUCUUCUCUACCCUCCACCCUCCAGGGCCCCUGCAGUUCCCCUAGAGACCCUUCCCUAAGGGUAGCCUCCCCCCCCCUUUGCCCUCCACCUAAGAAGGGACACAGAACCAAACAGUGCCCAUUGAGCCAAGGCUGCUGGAGAGGAGGGGAGUGUCGGUCCCACCUGUUUUCUGUCUUUCUGCCCGUCAGCAGCAGGAUGCUGGCCACUCUGUAUGAGUCAUUUUGGAAGACUGAGUACUGGAUUCCCCCCCGGUACACUUGGGCUGAUUUGGAAGAUUCAGAUGGCAUCACAUACCCCCAUCCCAAAGACCUGCUGGCAGCCAUUCCCCUGACAUUUGUCUUAAUAGUCAUUAGAUAUGGCGUUGAGAGGAUCAUAGGGCUGCCCUUAAGUAGAGCGCUGGGUGUACGUGAUCCCAUCAGGAUCAAGGCUACUCCCAACCGCAUCCUGGAGUCAUUUUUCUGGACCCAGAGUAAGAAUCCCAAAAAGGAUGAGCUGAGUCACCUGGCCAGCCAGUGCAGCCUCUCUGUGAGGCAAGCCGAGCGCUGGUUUCGACACCGGAGAAACCAAGAGCGACCAUUACUGAGCAAGAAAUUCUCUGAAUCCUGUUCAAGAUUUUUAUUUUACUCCUGUUCUUCUUUUGGAGGCUUGCUCAUCUUCUACAAUAAAACCUGGUUUGGUCAGCCAGAGACAGUCUGGAAUGGAUACCCUAAGCAGCCUCUGCAGCCUGCCAUAUACUGGUGGUAUCUCUUGGAGCUCAGCUUCUACCUCUCCUUGUUGCUCACUUUGAGCCUCGAUGUGAAGAGAAAGGACUUCAAGGAGCAAGUCGUCCAUCAUUUUGUUACUAUCACUUUGAUCCUAUUCUCCUAUUCCGCCAACUUUGUGUGCAUUGGUGCCCUGGUGCUGCUGCUACAUGAUGUGUCCGAUAUCUUCAUGGAGGCUUGUAAGAUGUUAAUUUACGCACAGUGGAGUCAAGCUCGAGACAUAAUGUUCAUCCUCUUUGCCCUGGUGUUCUUCAUUAGCAGACUCAUUCUCUUCCCAAUCAAAGUCCUCUACACUACUUCCUAUACUUUCUUGACCAACUAUCAGGUCUUCUUUGGAUACUAUUUUGCUAAUGCCCUCCUGAUGAUCCUGCAGGGUCUCAAUGUCUUCUGGUUUUUCCUCAUCUUCCGAAUGUUCUACAAGUUUUUAUCAGAGGGCCAGGUGAAGAAUGAUGUAAGGAGUGACAUAGAGGAGGAAGACUGGAGUGAUGAACAGCUGACAGUGAUAGAGCAGAGCAGUGGGAGACUCCAUCCCAACAGUGUCACAGACAUUCGGGCCCGAGGGAAUUUGAAGAACUGGCCAGUUUACAACUGAGCCUUUCCCAGAGCCAUAACCUAGUCCAGCUCAAUGAAGAUCCCUGGAUGCCUGAAGAACAAGUCACCCUGAGAAAUGUCUCAGAUUCUGACUGAAUAUGGACUCCAUAGAACAAGUCCUGUGCUGGACAGGGGCCCUUCACUUCUGUCUCUCUGUUUAUCUCUCUGACCCCACCUUUACUGGACCUCAAGGUUAGGGGAGGAAAGAUGGAAUAUCUCUGUUGAGGAUUUUAUAGUGAAUUUAGUAAUCUUCUUUUGAAUAGCCUUUACCCUUAAACUAUUGUCCUUGGACUCCACUACUGAGGUCUGUCCCCAUCUCUUAGAAGAACAGAGUGUGGGGAAGGGGGAGGCAGAUUAAGAGGGAGCAGGAAGAUCCAUUGGAAGAGUCCCCCAGGGGUUACCCCGCAUCCCUAAAGAGAUCUGGAAGGAGAUGGCUUCCCCCGAACCAGUGAAAAGGUCUUAGGCUUGCAGGUCUGGGACUGGAGUGGGCUGACUAGCCUUAGUCUUGUCUUUCCAUUCCAGCAGGGCAUCCUUGCUGGCAGAUCUCAGGGAACAGAGAAGCCCAUUCAUGUUGGAAAUGGAUGUAUGGAGCCUGGGCUUCACCCGACUCAAGGAGGGAACAAUAAAACAUGAAUGAUUCAGGGCUUACUGUUUCUGAGUCUCUGAACUCCUUCAUUUCCAGGUCAUUCCCUAUUUAGUGUCCAUCUUUAUCACUUCCUAUUUCCUCCACAAUUGUCCUGGACACAAAAAUCCUGAAUCUCAGAACUGGGAGGGACCUUGUUGGGCGUCCAACUGAAGCCCUACUUGAGUGGAUGAGGGCCCUCUCCAACAACCCCAACAAGUUGCCUUUCAACUUCUUCUUGAACAACAAAGAUGGAGAGUUCACCUCCUACAUCGAUAGCCCAUUCUACUGUUAGGCAGCUCUGAAGUUAGCAAAUUCAUUUCUAUGUUGAGGCCAAAUUUGCCUUCCUGAGUUGUUCUACUCUUCUACUCUUCACCUCUAUGGAUAGCAAUGAGGAGGGAUCAGGAUGGGUAGUUAGAAAUAAGGAAACUGGUUUGGCUACAUCAUUUUAGUCAGGUCAACCUCAGGAUGAAUCAGACAUUGAUGCAUCCAAGGAUCUGAAUGGGGUCAGAAGCAGAAUCCCCACAAAUCCCCAACUCUUAAUCCAGCCAUCCCUUAACACACAAAUGGAUCUAUGCACUCUGUGUUAGGACAUUCCUUUCAAUGUUACAGAUUGCCAUCCAUCCAUUCUGCUGAUCUGGCACAAAAAAUGAACUAAGAUAUGAAACUGGAGAAAAAGAUAAAUUGCCAGGGAAGCCCCAAACCCAACUCUAUCCUCCGUUAAUUCUCUAAUCAUUCAGUCAGUCACAUGGUUGGGUGACCUGGGGCAGGAAACUAGUGGUGAGAAGGUGAGUCUUAAAAAUGGGAUUGAAGAAAGAGGACUUCAGGGUGGGGAUAAGGAGCCAGAUUUAUGUGCCUUCCUGCAUAAGCUUUCAAGAUUCAAAGCUACAAAAGAUCUUAGAGGUCAUCUAAGUCAGCUUCCUCUUUUUCCAGACAGGGAAACAGGCUCAGAGAGAAGGGAGAAUCACCCUAGGUCACACAUUAGUAGAUAGUCUUUGGGGGAAAGAGAGAAAGGUCAUCCCAUCAGCUGCCAGGUCUCUUAAUGGGUCUCUUUCCUUCAGGGGAAGUAAAGAAACACCAUUUCUUCAGCUCCCCAAACUGGUCUCUUCACCUGAUCUGCCUAAGGCCUUGACAGGACUCUACCCUGAGGCUAAACUCCUAGAGAUAGUGACAACUUGCCCGACUUCAUUCCUCAAUAAUUAAUAAGCUCCCACUUGACAUACCCUCACCAUUCCAGUGAUUGUGAAUCUCUAGCUUUCAUCAUUCAAACCUCAUUUUCUUCUCCCAAUGCCUAAUGACUUAUUCCAUUUCUCAUAUCCAAAUCCCACAAUCCCCAUGUCCCACUUUAAGGCUAGUCACCUCUUCCUCUGUGCCCCCUGGAAUGACUGAUCCAUAGGCAACAAGCUUGUUUUCAUCUUAAAUCUUUUGCUUUUCCAUUCUUUUCAUCAUUUGACUUUCAUUGAGACCUUGCUCCCUUCUGAUGACACAGCCACUCUUUGCAUCAUUGGUCACAUUUUCCCUCAUUUCUCCCUCUUACCCUGACUCAAUGGUCAAGAUGGGAAAGUUGGUAUACUUUUGCCUCCACUGCCACUUCUAGACUCUUCCUCUACUCCCACCACUCAGUAACUCCCACCCAAUCAAAAUUCUGGUUGCUGUUAUCUACCACCUCCCAGACACUACACUUCUUUCAUCAAUCAGUUCAGUGCCUUGCUCAUCGUCUUUUUUCUACAAAUCCUGCUCUUAUACUAAGGAACUUCAACAGAAAAAGAGAGAGAGAGAGAGAGAGAGAGAGAGAGAGAGAGAGAUAUUCCUUCAAAUACCUUAAUCUUAUAAUUCCUUAGUUUGCUUAUUUCACAUGACCUCCUCCUCCACUGUAUCUCAGCUACACAGAGGUGGUCAUAUCUUUGAUCUUGCCAUCAUCCACAAAUACACCACUUCCAUGUUCAUUAAAUCUGAAAUCUCCUUAUCUGAUCACAAUCUGUUUUCAUUCUACAUCUCUUUUUUGUCUUGAAACUCCAAACUCUAUUCUUAAUUCUCAUGGUGCCCUCCAAUCAGUUCUCUCUCAAGCCAUCAUCCUUGAACUGGCAACACUCUCCUCCUUUCUGCACUUAACUCCUUGGCAAACAAAUUCAACUUUUUAUCUGUUCUCUUUAGUCCCUUUCCCUAUAUCCUAUUUUUCUUCUGAGCUUGCUAAUUCUCCUUGGAUUACUCCAACCAUAUACCACCUCACUCCUAUUCACAUGCUGCUGAACAAGGCUGGAGAAAAAAAUUGCAAACCAUGUUGAUUGGGCACACCAUAAAUUUGUUACAUAAUCUCAAAGGGCCUUUACUGUGGCCCUUUUAAACCUCCCUAAGUACCUCACUAUACCACUCACCACAGCAUUUUCCAAACAUUUUUGUCCCUUAUCAAACCUUCCAUGGCUCUCAUGGUUGGCAACCUUGCCUGAUAUUUCACUGAAAAAAAAGCAGUUUGAAUUCAGGCCCAAGGUAUACCCAACACUGCUGCCUUGGUGUGCUACAAUGAACUCUUUUUAUCUUUUUUCCUGAGUUUGCCCUAUUAAUCAGGGUGAGGCCUCAAUGGAGAUUUUCUUUUAACAACUUGGUAAGCCAGCUAGAAAGUGCCAUUCACUAGUGUGACUAUCACUAAAUUGAUUUUGGUAUUACUAAAUGUCACUAUUUUGAUUGCAUGGCAGGCACUUGGACCUUUGACCAAGCACAGGCCACAAUGGACUCUCCUGAAAAUUAGUCAGCCAUGAAGCAGUUGGAGAAGUAAACUCCCCAAACUAAAAAAAUGUAAGGAGAAAUAGGUCCAGAACCAAAAACUGAUUUUUUUAUUCAUUUGUGCAUGAAGAAAAGGAAAUGCAAGUGCAUGGAAACAGGGCAGUGGUGAGUGAAUGGUUUUCCCCAACUUUAAGUUGCCAGAAGAUAAAGUGAUAAUAGUAUUAAAACCAGAUUGGGACAGGGUAAACUUUUUGCUGACUUUCACUUAGGCAAGCCCUUAAAAGCUUGGGAUAAUGGAAUACUGCCCAUUCAAACAAGAAUGUUGAAAGCAAGCAACUGGACUCAUUACCUAGACAAUCGAUGGAAGCAAAUUUGGCCAGAUAAAUAUAAAACCUUUGAUUAUUGGCAGCUGCACAUUCUAAAAACCAACACUGAAGAGCCUAAGAAAAACGGUUUACUGGUGUUGUGGGAAUGGACUUUCAAGCCAAGACUGCCCCUCAUUAAUGUGGUCAUACAAUCCAGAUUUCUCAAAAAAACAAAGACCACGGUAUUCUUAAGAAACCACUUUUGUAGGGAAUGAUCAGGGAAGAGGGAAGUAAAGACCUUGGUGGGCCCCCAAGAAAAGAGAAAUGCAGGCAGUGGGAUGGGAGGUUUCCACUUCAGAAGUUCUGAAACAUGGAAAAAGGUCUUUUUACCUUGGAGAACUUUGCAGAGGAACACUUCAUCACCUACAAAAAAAACUUCAGUGAGACAGCACAGAAAGGAAGUUUAGAAGAGUGGUGAACACUAAUGAAGUCUCAAAACAAUUCUCAGCUGUCAGUAAUAUUAAGCAGGGACUUGUUCCCACUGGAUUUUUGAUUAGUUGUUCAGUGAGAGAUAAGGAGGAAAACUGCAAGAUUCUUUCUUUCUCUCUCUCUCUCUCUCUCUCUCUCUCUCUCUCUCUCUCUCUCUCUCUCUCUCCCUCUCUCUCUCUCUCUCUUUCUUUCUUUCUUCCUUCACAACCCUGGACAGGUUGGAGAUUGCAGAAAUAAAGCCUGACAAGAAAAGGAUGGAAAUCUUUUUCCUGGUUUGUAGAAAUGUAUGGGAUUAAAACGAAUUUUAGGGAAAUACCUGUUAGCUUUCUCAUACAGAUAAUAUUCUAUCAAGUUAUAACAUUUAACAAAUGGAAACCAUAGAAAUAGAUUUGUAGUAUGAAAUUAUUUGAGUAUAGCAUACAAAAAACUCUGUCCUUGAAGGAUCAUUGGAAGGGUUAUGCCACUCCCAGUCUAAGUGAGGGUAAUUACAAGUUUGCUUAUAGUAAAGAGUGAGUUUGAGCUAAGAUUAUUUGACCAUCACUAAUGAAAAUUAUGAAAUUGUAUCUGUUAAUAGAUAGUGUAUAUUGAAGUUACAUCUUUGAACCAACUUAGUAAUAAUAGACCUCAGUUUCAAAGAUUUCAUUUUGCCUUAAAGGUGAAGAAGCAAUACAGAUUGGAAUCUUUCUGUAAUCAGCUUUUUUCUGGGAUUUUGAGUCGACUACCAUGUAUUUGCUGUAUGGGUGAAACUCCAGAGCACAGUUUUUCUUAAUUUAUAAAUGAAGGAUAAAUGAAAUGUCCUUAUAUGUGCCAUUGUUAAGUGCUAUUUCACUAGUCUUAAACUGUGAUUAGUGAAAUUUUGUUGUUUGAGGUAAAAUCUCUUGGGAUUGUUAUUUGAUACUGUUUUAAGUUUUGAUUUCAGGUGUAAUUGUCUGAAUUGUCAUUAAGCCAAUUAUCCACCAUUCAAGGGGAAUGCUAUGUGCUACCCAAAGGUAGGGCAGUCUGAGAACUGCUACAGGUGAAGGUCUAUGUCUGGGAAAGUUGAAGGGAUGUACUUGCAUAUAGGUGAUGGAAGGAUCCUUUUGAUCAGAUUCCCUAUCAUGCUAUUUCCUUUCUGAACAAGAAAUUUUUCCACUAGGUUAAUUCUAAGCCUGGCUUUGGUAUCCUGUGAAUAAUGUGGAACUUUGUUAUAUGAUUCACUGUUAACUAUGACUUUUACCUGGAAUCAAAUAAAACUAAGGGAGGUUUUCCCCUGUUA